AAUAAAAGUUGCGAGCCGAAUAGGCGAAUAGAUAGGCGAGCUAGCGUUGCAAUUACAUAAUCAGACAAAACCGGGGCAGCCGGCGUACCUCAGACCAGAAAAAGGGGUAAAAGAGCUGUGCUCGCUGUCCCCACGAAUCAGUUUGAAAAAUUCGAUAAGCGUUGGAACGUCUGUUUGUGCUCGCUGUUUCCGAUUUGAUACGUACAAUGGGAGCGGAUCAGUAGCUGUUCGCGCGUCGCUCAACGCGGCACGACAUCCCUGUUGUAAAAAAUGGCCACCGACGACAAACAGACGAAAAUGCGUGACAUAAUUAGCACUGGUCUGCAGGAAGAACUGCAGGAAUUGAAAAAGGAUGUUAUGGAACUUGUUAGCAAUGUAAUAGACAAUGUGGCAUCAGAAGUACGGCAGCAAGUGGACAGCAGAAUGUCGAAUGGGACGAGAGAGACUCUCGAAUCAGAGAAAUACUGCAACAGAACAAAACCGGUGAACCGAGAUUGUCUCCCUUCGAAACAAUUUCUCCCAAGAGACUCUUUGAUGACUGACCUCUACAAGAACAAACAUAUUCGUACCAUCUACAAUCUCCUCCUAGCGAUGUUGAUAAUUCUGUUUAUACACACUGCCGUUUACGAUAUUCGACACACGGGCUCACCCAAUCUCGGUAUCGGCACGGUAAAGGCUGGUUUUGCCAAGUUCUCAGUGGUCCUCUGCGUCUGGCCUCUUAUGAAAGCCUCGACUUUGAUAGUUUACCUCGCUUUUCAUUAUUGGGCCUCUAAUCGCUCCAAUUAUGUCCCUCAAUCGUUCCUUAGGAAAGCUUGGGACUAUGGGUGGUUAGCAGGUUUUAUCGUCUAUCAGUUUUUAUUUUUCGUACUACCUACCAGAGCUGUAUUCGAGCAUGAUUUGCCGAUAGCUUGCAGCAUGAUCAUCCUUAUGGAACAAUUUCAGGAUUGGUGGAACUCGAUAAGCUUCAGUUCUUAUUAUCGCACCUGGAACGUCGUGGUCCACGACUGGCUGUACACGUACAUCUACAAGGACAUGUACGAGAUCGUGACGCCGAAGAACAAGCUACUGUCUACCUACGCGGUGUUCGCGAUCUCCGCGAUCAUGCACGAAUACAUCAUUUGCUGUAGCAGCCGUUUCUUUUACCCAUUGGUGUUGGUUCUAUUCGGUUGCAUCGGCCUCAUGGUGCAUUUGGAGUUCAUGUUGAAAGUCAAGAGCAACCUGUUCCUCUUGUUCAGUUUAGGCGUGGGCACCGGCAUAUGCGUUAGCUUGUACUGCAUGGAGUACUUCGCCAGAAUCAAUUGUCCCCAGACUCUCGACGAUUUUUGGGACUUUUUCAUACCGAGAACCUACAUGUGCUGGUAAAGAUUCAUGUACAAUUUUGUUAUAAUUAUUAUAACAACUGUUACCAUGAAUUAAGUGACGGUUGUGUAGAUCGCAAGUCUGGUAACUCGAAAUUUGCUCAAAAACUUUCUUGAUGCAUGAACUCCCGAUGGAAUUGAUUUCUGUUUUACAAAAACUACAUAAAUAAAAUGUAUAGAGUAGGAAGGUGCAGUAUUUCAUGAUCAAGGAAGAUUAAUUAAAAGAUACUCAUAGAUGUACGGAGCGAAUGAAAGUUUAAUUCAUCACAUUGUAGAAAGAUAAGGAAUAAUUUUUUUAUAUUAUAUGAGUUAGUAUAUAAAUACAUAUGUAAUAAGGAAAUAAACGGUUAUUAUUUUUUCUCUUAUAUUAUCUUCACUCUUCUAUUAUUUUUCUUUUGUUCUCGUCCGUCAACAGCUUAUUAAAGUAGUGGAGGAAACGUGGAUAACGAUUUUCCAAAAAGACAUGUUCUUUAUUAUCAAGACUUACAUACGCGUGUCGAGAA